UCCCACCGUGAGCGGGCGGGCGCUGGGGCUCGGCGACGGGCAGACCCCCGGACAGCUGCUGCUGCUCCGGCAGUCUUCGAGAAGCGACCCCGCCUGUGGGACCGAGGGCUGGAAGAUUACGGGAAAUACUGUGGGGAAAAAAAGAUUGAUACCUGGCUCUGGGGGAAGCGGCUAAUCUGGUUCUGUCUGUAGGUUUCCUAAAAGGUUGCAGCAGUUACAGUGACAUGGGCAGCAAAAGUAAUUACACACCCUGCAGAGCUAACACAGGAGCCUUGCCUGCACUGCCAAGCAGAAAAUGACUCAGAGAUAUGGAAGCAGAGGGACGAGUGAUCACCUCCUUCACUCGGAGGCCGCCGGGGUUUGUGAGCAGGCCAACGGUAUGGAGCACGAGAAAGUUCAAGAGGCCCACGACUGUGAAUCCGAGGAGGGGGUGCAGGCAGCGGGACGCAGAGACUCCGUGGCUGUGAAGGGGGCUGUCACAGCUCCGGACGGUGGUUGGGGCUGGGUGGUGCUGGUUGCCACCAUCCUGGUCCUGGCUUUGACCCUGGCCUUCCCCUCCUGUGUGGGAAUCUUUUACACCGACCUGCAGAAUGAGUUCCUUGCCUCAAACAGCGAAACCUCCUGGGUUCCCUCCAUCAUGACAUCAGUGCUUCACGCAGGAGGUCCCUUUUGUAGCGUGUUGGUGGAGAGGUUCGGCUGCCGAGCCACGGUCAUGUUGGGCGGUGUCCUGAGCGGGCUCGGAAUGGCUGCCAGCUCGUUUACCCAGUCCAUCAUCCAGCUUUACAUCACCGCUGGGGUUAUUACAGGACUCGGUUUCUGCUUCAGCUUCCAACCAGCUGUGACAAUCCUGGGGCACUACUUUGUGCGUCGUCGUGCGUUUGCCAACGCCAUGUCCUCGACGGGCACAGCCCUGGGACUGUGCACUCUGCCUUUCUUGGGUAACUACCUCCACACAGAGCUGGGCUGGAGAGGAAGCUUCCUUGUUCUGGGUGCCGUCCUGCUUAACUGCUGCGUGUGCGGAGCAGUGAUGAGGCCCCUCCAGCCCCCCAGGCGUCGAGGCCAGCCCCUGAUGAACCACGGACCCCCUCCACCAGAGGAGGAAAAUGUGAGGAAGGAAAUAGGCAGGGUGAGAACGAUAUGCAACUGCCUGGUUGCUUCCCUGAGCAAACACAUGGCCUUUGAUCAGCUCUGCAACAACUCGCGUUACUGUGUUUAUGCCAUAGGCAUCACCUGGAUGAUGCUUGGGUUUGUGGUGCCUUUGGUGUAUCUGGUUCCAUAUGCCACCGCAAACAACAUGGAGCAGGGCCGCGCUGCACUGCUGCUCUCCAUCCUGGGUAUCGUUAACAUUGUGGUGCGGCCGCCCUUUGGCGUCAUCGUCAACAUGCCCUGGUUCAAAGGGCGGCACGUUUAUGUGUUUGCCUCAGCUUUGCUGGUCAACGGGCUCAGUAACAGUAUCUGCUGCAUCGGGCCCAGCUUCCCUGUACUGCUGGCCUACGUGGUGAUCUACGGGCUGUCCAUGAGUGUAGUGGGCUCCCUGAUGUUCACUGUCCUCAUGGACAUAGUGGAGAUGAGCCGCUUCCCCUCAGCCCUCGGCCUGCUCGCUGUCAUGGAGAGCAUCACCCUGCUCAUUGGGCCUCCACUGGCAGGAGUCCUGGUUGACAGCACAGGCCAGUACUUCUACGUCUUCUUUGCCUGCAGUGCCGUCGUUGCCUCGUCCGCCGUGUUCCUCAUGGUGUCGUUUUACUGUCUGGAUAAGAAAGAGAGGAAGAAUGCGUCAAAGCAGGGUCAGCCACCCACGCUGCCCGACCCAGCGAGACCUGCUGUUGACGUAGCUCCAGGCUGUCAGUACAGCAGUGUGCCCACAGAGGGAGACAAAGACAAGGCCUCGGCUAACGGGGCAGAGCAUAUCACCAGCCUCUGAACCUGCGUACACUGUGUGUCACCCUUAACACGCAACACACUCCGGGUCAGACAGGUUUGCAGAUAAUUCCUAAUGUUUGCAUCAGCUUGCUUGGUGUGCCAGAUGUUGCAAAGUUUACUUUUCUGUUAACCUGGUCUGAAUUGUCCCGGUGUGACGACCUCCCACCAUCUGGUGCACCAUAAAAGUCAAAACAAAUACUAUCAAUCAUUUGCACUGUUUGACCAAGGUUGGACACUUGACCCUGCAUACCAAAAUGAACAGAUGUGCACUUACAACUACAAUGGGAUUGUACUGUUUAUUGUAAAAUGCUGCUGAUCUUCUCUACAUCAUCACACAAUCUGUCAUACAUCUCACUUUAUCAAGCCAAGUUACACACGUGAUCACACAAAAUCAUGUGCAGAUGUUUGCUGGACGGAUGUUUUUGAUGGGUUAUUAGUGUUUGAUGAGUUCACAGGCACAGAGAAAGGGCCUGAGCAGACAAACUACUACUAUUGAACAAUGACAUGUUUGGCCAAGCUAAGUGGGCGUCGGCAGAAAUCACAAGCAAAUAGAGCAGUAAAAUCAACAGGUGAAAUAAAGGUGGGGAAAACACAAAGGAAUUAAUUAUCAAGGAAAAUCCAGGCGUUAUUUUAUAUUUUUCUUAUUGUCAAACAUUCCCCAAACAGUGCAUUACUUAGCAUGGUUGGAUUAUCCAAACAGACGCCCCCUGGGGGCAAACCUGAACAUCUUUUCCUCCCUAUAAGGUGCAUGUUGCAGCAUACAAGCAGUCCUAGAUCCCAGGUUUGCAGUGUGUAAAGUUAACUUGUGGUAAUUUGACUAAAAGAAAAUAAAUUUAGGAAUGUAAGAAGCUGAUGCCAUGUAACCUUGUAAGCACAAAAUGAACUAAUGAAGAUCUUAAUAUUCCUCAGUUCAGUGCCUCAGUUUCCACUCCUCAUCACUUCAGCAAACAGAACAGCACAUGCCACCUCAGCUGUGUGCAUGUAAACAAAAUGCUUCAACAGCUUUGUAAACAAUACAGAUAAUAAUCCAUGUCUCAUGUGGCUUAUAGUGUCUGAAUCCAAAUCUAAAGGUUCACUCAGUGCUUGAACCUCGUCUGUCUUUGGUCCUAAGCCCAUUGGUUUCUACUGAAGACAUGAACGUAUAGUUUAAUUAAAGAAAAUGCUCAGUAAAGCUGAACACUGUGCUUUUUAGAUAUUGUUACUAAAACAGGAGGAGAGAUUGUUGGGCCAGUUGUUGCUGUAGUGAGUAUUUGGGGAAGCAGUGUGUGUGUGUGUGUGGGUAUGACUGAGUCAAAAUACUCUGCUCUGUGUGUGUGUUCAUGGUGAUGAAGGAAUUUGUCAUGUAGUGUAGCAUUUGCAUCAGUGAGGAGUUUUAAAUGGUAUUUGGACACAGUGGAGCUCUAUGAUUCAGAGGAAUAUGAUAUAUCAGGCUUUGGAGACACAGUGUAAUUGUUAGUUGGAGACAUUCAUUGUUGGUUUUGGUCUUUUCAUGGAAUUUGUUAACAAUAAGAAAUACAUAGAAUAACACCAGCCCUAUCAUUUAAGUGCUAUUAGGUAAAGAACUGUUAUUGUAGGCAUUUAACAGGAAACAGAAAGUGAUCAUGUACCUGUUUUGGCGUCUUUAUCACAUCUUACAUCUUUAAAGUUUUCCAUGUUGUGGUUAUAGUGAAGGCAUUAAACACAGCAUGCUCAGCAUAUUACACCCAGGUUACUGAGUUGGGGUUGCUUUUGAUCACUGAAGACUCUGCUGGUCGUACCCUGUCACGUGUAGAAAAUGAAUAUGUACUGUGGUAGCAGCAAACGAAUCAUGUUUUUUUUUCUUUCGCAUGCUUCUCAUUCUUCACUGGAACAGUGCCUUGUUAUAUAACUGGUGUAUUUCUAAAAGAUAAUCUAGAAACAUGGGAUACUUUCAAACUCUUUCAGGAACACACGGGAAUGAAGAAGAUGAUUUUAUACUGCAUGUGAGCUCGUCAGUGGUUUGAAACAUUUCAUGAGAGGAAUAUUUUGAAGGCACUGAGGAGUCAGUAGCUGACAUGUUUUAUGACACUGUAACUGAGUUUACCUUCAGUUUGAAUAAGAGGUUUUAUGUGACAGAUUUAUC